UUUUGCAAUGCUAGGCAACCAGGACGCCAAACAAGCGCGUGCGGAUGCAGCAGCGUUUUUUGUAAACAAAGCAGCUGCUUUUGAGAUUUUUAUGGCUGGAAAAAAGAAGGAAGUUAGCUUACAGGUGUCCAUCAGUAACGACGAACAAUGGGGCGAGAUGCUGGCCAUCAAAGGGUUAACAGUGGUGGACGUGUUCCAGCAGUGGUGUGGACCGUGUCGUGCCGUCGUCAGCCUGUUCAGAAAAGUAAAAAAUGAGUUGGGAGAUGACCUGCUGCAUUUUGCCAUAGCAGAAGCUGACAGCAUUGAAGCACUAGAGAAGUACAGAGGAAAAUGUGAGCCCACCUUCCUGUUCUAUGCUGGUGGGGAGCUUGUGGCUGUGUUGCGAGGGGCGAACGCUCCUCUCCUGCAGAAAAUGAUAGUGGAGGAACUGGCCAAAGAGAAAAAGGUGCUCGAGCAGGACAUUAAGCGAAUUGCGGUGAAGGAUGAUGGACUGAUUGAUGAAGAAGAAGUGCAAGAGGAAACAGAAGCUCAUGAACAUUAUGAGGAUGCUCUUGUGCCUGCUAACAGGUCUUACACAUUGGGAAUCAUUAAGCCAGAUGUUGUUGCACAUGGGAAGACAGAUGAGAUUAUUAUGAAGAUUCAGGAUGCAGGCUUUGAGAUCCUGGCUCAUGAGGAGCGCACACUGAGCGAGUCAGAGGCUCGGGAGUUUUAUCGGCACAAAGCAGCAGAGCCAUACUUUCAGGAGUUGAUCCGCUUCAUGUCCAGUGGCCCCUCCCAUGUUCUGGUCAUUUCUAAUCCUGAGGGUACUGAUGAUGUCAUCUCAGCCUGGCAGGCAUUCCUGGGACCAGCAGGUAUAGAAGAGGCCAAGAGAGAGCAUCCAGAGAGUCUGCGAGCUCAGUAUGGAACUGAGGAUCUCUUCAAUGCUCUUCACGGCAGUCGUGAUAGCGAGGAGGCUGGUAGGGAGCUGGCCUUCUUCUUCCCCAACUUCGGACCUCCAGAACCGGAACCGACGCCUGUGGAGAGGACGCUGGCACUCAUUCGGCCUGACGCAGCCAGAGAAAACAGAGAUGAGAUCCUAGCAAGGAUCCAUGAGGCAGGAUUUACAGUGGCCAAUCAGAAGGAGGUGACACUAACAGAGGAACAGGUUCACCAAUUCUAUGGUCAGCACCAAGAUGAGGAAAACUUCCAAGCCCUCCUCACUAACAUGACCAGUGGCCCUGUGCUGGCUCUGGUCCUGGCCAAACAGGGGGCUGUGGAGCUCUGGAGAAAUCUGCUGGGACCCAAAGACCCAACACAGGCAAAGCAGGAACAACCAGACAGCCUGCGAGCUCAGUUCACAGGGGAGAGCGAGUGUGUGAACCAGCUGCAUGGAAGCGGGAGCGUGGAAGCGGCUGAGCGAGAGAUCAGCUUCUUUUUCCCUACAGAGUGCACACUGGCUGUUAUCAAACCCGACACUUCAGAGGAGCUCAGAGAGGAGAUCUUGGGGGAGAUCCGAGCUGCAGGAUUCACCAUCUCUUGGCAGAAGGAGAUGGUUUUGACCAGGGAGAUGGCUGAGGAAUUCUACAAACAGCACAGGGACAAGCCAUUCUUCAGCUAUUUAGUGGACUACAUGUGUCGUGGUCCGUGUACAAUGCUGAUUCUGUCUAAAGAGAAUGCAGUAGAGGAGUGGAGGAAGAUGAUGGGCCCUGCUGACCCCAGUAAGGCUAAAGAGACAGCACCAGGAUCGCUGAGAGCUCGCUUUGCUAAGGACGUCCUGGAGAAUACUGUGCAUGGUUCAUCCAGCUCACAGCACGCACAGGAGAAAAUACAGCUCCUCUUCGGGGAGAUCAGCUCAGAGAGUCAAGUUAUCAGUACGGGAGAUGAUGAUGAGCCAAAUCCGUUAGAAACAGAAGAAAGCUUUGCAGAGCUGAAGAACCUCCAGACAUCGAGAUCACCCUCAUUUAGUGAACUACAGAACCAAACUGAGCCAAAAAGUGAAGAAGCUGUGAGAAGUACAUCUUUGAGCCCAGAAGCCACUGAGACCCAUCCAGCAUCUUCAGAAAAAACCUUGGAUUUACCUGAGCAGAAGGAAGAUGGUAAUGCAGGAGAACAGCCUCCCACUUUGGAUCUUCAGGGCCAGUCUUCAGACAGAGUGGAGGAGUCCUGAACAGAUGACAAGCAUUGUGCUUCAUCAUACAUGAUAUGACCAAAAGUUUACCAUCACACCCAUAUGUGUGCUUCUCCAAACUUUUGCCACAAAGUUGGAAGCAGACAAUUGUAUCGAACGACUUUGUUUGCUGUAGCAUUACAGUUUCCAUUCACUGGAACUAAGAGGCCCAAACCUGUUCCAGCAUGACAAUGCCCCUGUGCACAAAGAGAGCUCCAUGAAGACAUGGUGUGCCAAGGUUGGAGUGGAAGAACUCGAGUGUCCUGCACAGAGCCCUGACCUCAACCCCACUGAACACCUUUGGGAAUGUUAAUGUGCCCCAGGCCUCCUUGCCUGACCUCACUAAAGCUCUUGUGGCUGAAUGAGCACAAAUCCCAACAGCCACACUCCAAAAGCUAGUGGAAAGCUUUUCCAGAAGAGUGGAGGUUAUUAUAACAGCAAAAGGGGGACUAGAUCUGGAAUGCGAUGUUCAAUAAGCACAUAAUGGUGUGAUUGGUCAAGUGUUCAUAAACUUCUGGCCAUAUAAUGUAUCAUCAUAGCAUAAGUAGAUGGAACCUCUCUGGCAGCUCAGAUAAAUGUGACCAAAUGAUGACCCUAUGAAGUUUAUAUUUUGCGGUGGUAUUAUGUCAUAGGAUAUUAUCAUUAUCAUUUUUAAAAAUUGUGUGACUUUCUUCUAAUAGGUAGAAAGCAACCCCAAGCUGUGGCCUACGAGACUGUCAGAUCAUUUAGAUGCAAUAAACAUUUCUGAAGAACGCA